AUGUACAAAAAAUCAAUACUUUUACUCUUGAAAAUGUUUGAGAAGUUUUCGGGAACAGAAAACACGAUUUCGAGUGCGGUUGAGAGGUACGACUUGUUCUCUGGGAAAGUGCUUGACGAGGCGAAACGCGUCAUUGACCAAUUUGAGAAAAAAGGAAUGAGUCAAGACCAAUUGGUACAGUUUGUCACGAUUGUCGACUUGUUGAACGAGAAGCAUAUAUCGGAACUGAUGGGAUAUGAGGAGAUGUACGGAAAGAUAUUUCCGAAACGGUGGAGAGUCGGCGAAGAGCUUGUGUUGGAGUUUGUAAGCUCCACGAAAGUUGCGUUUGAAAAAUUGCUUGAGCGACUGAUUGUCGAGUCGAAAAAGGCCGGUGGGGACUCGACGAAUUUCACAACGAAAAUUGUGAAAGCGCUUCACGUCACAAUCAUAUUUGAACAACAAUUGUAUAAGAGAGUUUACCACAAGGAAUACAGAAGGAAAAUCGACUUGUUCCAACCUGAAAAGAAGAACAUUCAAGUCAACAAUAAUGCUGGCGAUGGCAAAGGUCUUCCACAACAAAAGUUGCCUGUCAAAAAGAGGACGAGUUAA